CCAAACAAAGCCAUCCUUGUCUGCACCGCCAUACCUCCGCCAUCGCUCCGCCGCGACACCUCCCACUUCUGAAUAAUCUAUCCAUAUUUAUUAUUUUCUGUAAACUAAUUACUACUAUUUUCUUUUUUUCUUUUCAAUUAUUUUUUAUUAUAGUUUUCUCUCUUUUGAUAUAAAUCUAAUAUUUUCAUUUCGUCUGUAAAACCCUAAUUACCAUUCCAUCUCUCGUUUCCCCCUUUGCCCAUUCCUUGGAUAAAUUCUUUUCGGAACCCUAAAGUUUGUUACAAGAUCUGUUGUUAGCUUCGUAUUUUAUUCUUAAUAUUAAACUAGGUUUGUUUGAUUUAAAGGAAAAGGGUGAUUUUGGAUCAAGGCUGGCGGGUGCUUGGUUCAAGUAAAUGGCGGAUCCGCCUGGUCUCCGCCCCGAUAGGAUUGCUUAUAUUUUCGAGGUCAUAUCUUGUUCUGCUGAUAGUGUUAGUGUGGGAUUGGUUUUGACAGGCUUAAACACCGGUGAUCGUUGCGAACCGUGACAAAGGAAGCCGCGGAAGUUGAAGCAUGCUGAGCGUGCUACGGGUGCACCUUCCUUCUGAUAUACCAAUUGUUGGCUGCGAGCUCACGCCUUACUUGCUCUUACGCCGACCUGACAAGACCGUUACCACCGAUGACGUACCUGAGUCAUCCCCUCUUGAUGGUCACUUCCUGAGGUACAAGUGGUAUCGCAUACAAAGUGAUAAAAAAGUUGCUGUCUGUAGUGUACAUCCAUCUGAGGAAGCCACAUUGCAGUGCCUAGGUUGUCUUAAGGCUAAAAUACCUGUUGCUAAAAGUUACCAUUGCUCUCCUAAGUGCUUCUCAGAUGCGUGGCAGCAUCAUCGUGUUCUGCAUGACCAUGCUGCAAGUGCUGUAAAUGAAAAUGGAAAUGAAGAGGAAGAGAUAUUUGGCCGUUUCAAUAGCACAGGGUCUGGAGUUAUUAAUUCUAGCUUAUCUGGUUCAGCAUCAAGUGCUAGCUUGACAAAUGGUUCUACACCUCUGUAUCCUGGUGCAGUUACACAGAGGAGUAGUGGUGAAACCUGGUUUGAAGUUGGACGCUCUAAAACAUAUACACCCUCAGUAGAUGAUAUUGGCCAUGUUCUCAAGUUUGAGUGUGUCGUCGUUGAUGCUGAAACGAAACUACGUGUUGGACAUCCCAAUACUGUUUUGACAUCUCGUGUUAUUCCUGCUCCUUCUCCUAUUCCUCGGCGUUUGAUCCCACUAAGUGGAGCUGAUAUGAUGGGUCAGCUUGAUUCAGAUGGCUGUAUUUCAUCCUUUGGAACUUUUACAGUUCUGUCGUACAACAUUUUGUCUGACUCGUAUGCCAGCAGUGAGUUAUACAGUUAUUGUCCUUCAUGGGCUCUUUCUUGGCCAUAUCGCAGGCAGAAUUUGUUGCGGGAAAUUGUUGGUUAUCGUGCAGACAUAGUCUGUCUUCAAGAGGUGCAAAAUGAUCAUUUUGAGGAAUUUUUUGCCCUUGAGCUGGACAAACAUGGGUAUCAAGCUUUGUACAAGAGGAAGACAAAUGAGGUUUAUGGUGGAAAUAUCCAUACAAUUGAUGGUUGUGCUACUUUUUUCCGUAGGGAUAGAUUUUCCCAUGUCAAAAAAUAUGAGGUUGAAUUUAAUAAGGCAGCUCAAUCCUUGACCGAGGUUGCAGUUCAAACUACUCAGAAAAAAGCUGCUUUAAAUCGUUUGGUUAAGGAUAAUGUUGCUUUAAUUGUCGUUUUGGAAGCAAAGUUUAGCAAUCAAGGAUCUGACAAUCUUGGGAAACGACAGCUUCUCUGUGUGGCAAACACACAUGUAAAUGUUCCACCAGAGUUGAAGGAUGUCAAAAUCUGGCAGGUGCAUACUCUCUUAAAGGGAUUAGAGAAAAUAGCUGCUAGUGCAGACAUUCCAAUGUUGGUGUGUGGUGAUUUUAAUUCAGUUCCUGGGAGUGCUCCCCAUUCACUUCUUGGUAUGGGGAAGGUAGAUCCACUGCAUCCAGAAUUAUUGGUAGACCCUCUUGCAAUUUUGCGUCCUCAUAGCAAGUUGACUCAUCAGUUACCACUGGUUAGUGCCUACUCACCCUUUGCAAGAGGUGUUGGUCUUGGUUUGGAACAUCAGAGAAGGAAAAUGGACAUGACAACUAAUGAACCUUUAUUCACAAACUGCACAAGAGAUUUUAUCGGCACCCUGGAUUACAUAUUUUACACAGCGGACUCUUUAACAGUGGAGUCCUUACUGGAACUCUUGGAUGAGGAUAGCUUGAGGAAGGACACAGCACUUCCUUCUCCAGAGUGGUCAUCUGAUCAUAUAGCACUAUUAGCUGAAUUUCGGUUCCAGCCAAGGCCUAGACGCUAACAAUUUUAAGGUCAUGGAGGUGGCGAAGACACUGACACCCCUGAGAAGCCGAUGGAUACAGAUAAAAGGCAUUUGAAAGAAGGGUAGAUCAUGGUCCGUGUUUUAUGGUGAUGGAGGGUCCUUUGAUCUAUCUGGUUUGUAAUACGUCCAACCUUUGUUUCAUAGAAAAAUGAUUAUUCCUUUUCCAUAUUUUUUGUUUUUGUUUUUGGCAAUAGAAAUGUCCACCGGCUCGGCACAAUUUCAGCGAAUGGUGCUUUUGUUUCAUAGAAGAAAUGACCGUUCCUCUUUCA